CUUCAAUAACCAUUUCUUUGUGGCAAAAUAUAUAUCUAAAUCUCCCAUUUUUCACAAAUUCUUUUACCCAAUUGGAGUUUCUUCAAAUCCAAACAUGAUCCAUCAUCAUCGUCAACGCUCAAGGAAUCGAUCUCCUGAGAGGAGUUGGGUAGAAAAAUGUUUGGGUUGCACCUGCCUAGAGUUGUUCUGGCCGAGGAUUGUUACCCGUAAAUGGUUAAAUAUUUCUACUAAGAGUUCAGAUUAUAGUGCCGAUUCUGAUGAUGGCAUCUAUGAUUCCGAUGAAGCCUUCCAUGAUUGGCCAAAAGAAUCCCGACUCAAGAAUAAGAAAGGAGAUGAGUUUCAGAGUGAUCCUGAUGGAGCUGUUCCCAGGUCAAGAAGACGGAAAUCAGAGAUAUUUAGAGAACAAUAUAUUGAUGCAAAGGAACUCAGAGUAUCUGUUGAUACUUGGAAUGUUGGAGGAGAACUUCCGCCAGAAGACUUGGAUAUCAGAGACUGGCUCGAUACUGACCACCCUGCAGAUAUAUAUGUGAUUGGUUUUCAAGAGAUCAUACCUUUAAAUGCUGGCAAUAUUUUUGGUGCUGAAGAUAAUCGUCCAAUUCCAAUAUGGGAAAAUAUCAUUCGUGAAACCCUCAAUAAAGCUCAACCCGUAAAGACUAAAUUCAAAUGCUACAGUGACCCUCCUUCUCCAUCAAGGUUUAAACCAUCUGAUGAUGUUCCAUAUAUGGAAGAUGUAGAGCUAGAAAGUGAUUGCGAGGAUGAGGAGGAAAUCUACACAUUCAAUGAAGAGUCAAAUUUUGGCCAACUUGAGGAUGGUCCAGUAGGCCAAAAUGGUUCUAUAUCAAUAGAUUCUGAAGAAAAAGUAGAAGAAUCAGCCUCUUUGAACAGUAGAAAAUCAACGAAACUACUCGGAGGGACCGAAAUACCAUCAGAUCUGGCGGCUCAUUGUAUAUCAGAAAUACCGAAUUCUUUUAAAUUUGUUAAAUCAUUCAAAGCUUCCAAGUCUUUUAAAAACCAUCGUCCUUUAGAGUCAUAUUUGAACGGUGGCAACAGAGUCAUACCAGAGGACCAUUGGCUUGCAAAACUUGAUCUUGACUCUAUUAUGCACCGGAAAAGAAGAUCAGAAUAUGUAAGAAUAGUGAGCAAGCAAAUGGUUGGUGUUUUUCUUACCAUAUGGGUUCGUAGAAGCUUGAGGAAGCACAUCCAGAAUGUGCAUGUGUCAACUGUUGGCGUUGGUGUAAUGGGCUACAUUGGUAACAAGGGGUCCAUAUCAGUCAGCAUGUCCAUAUAUCAGACACACUUCUGUUUCAUAUGCACGCACCUAACAUCUGGUGAAAGGGAUGUUGAUGCAGUUAAGAGGAACACUGAUGUGAAUGAAAUUCAUAGAAGGACAUGUUUUAGUUCAAUGUCAAAAGCUGCAUGUCCGAGGAGCAUUAGGGACCAUGAGCGAAUAAUCUGGUUGGGUGAUCUGAAUUACCGUAUCAAUUUGUCAUAUGAGGCAACAUGUGAUUUGAUUUCCAAAAAUGACUGGUCCAAGUUGUUAGAGAGUGAUCAGCUAAGAAAAGGGUGUGCAUUUGACGGGUGGACAGAAGGCACUUUGAAUUUUCCACCAACUUACAAAUACGAGCCAAAUUCAGAUAAAUACUAUGGCGAGGAUCCUAAAGUUGGGAGGCGAACUCCAGCAUGGUGUGACCGCAUACUUUCACUUGGGAAGGGGAUGAGGCAGCUGAGCUACAGAAGGGCUGAGCUUAGACUCUCCGAUCAUAGGCCUGUUUCUGCAUCAUACAUGAUAGAGGUUGAAGUGUUCUCUCCAAGAAAGUUACAAAAGGCCCUUGCAUUUACUGAUGCGGAGAUUGGAAACGAUGAAUCGUAGCAGAAAGGAUGGAAUCACCCACAUAAGAUAUGAUAUCCCACGUCUUAUGUGCUCAAUCUUUUCAACUCAAAAAACCAUAUGUUAUUAUUUGAUGUUACUGAUAUACAUGAUUUGAUUAGGUGCAAUUUGUGUGAAACUUAUUUGGUGUUUUGUAGUUUCCUUCAUUUGUCAGCAAGCAAAAGGGUUAUCAAACAAAACCCAGCUUCCUAUGUAAUCUUGGUUGUAAUAAGUUAAGUAGAUCCUGAACAUAUGCAUUUUGAAAUGAAAAUAACCACUGGAGUGGAGAAGAAGUCCAUUUUAGUUUUGA